UGUAGUCGGAACAACGCUCGUCUGGUCACACGUGAGAGCUGAAGUACCUGUUGCUGCUACAACCUUUUUACCAUGGGUGCCACAUUUACUGUUCUGCCGACGCCAGCGGAAGGACGCCAAGACCUCCCUGCUGUCCCAUGGGACGCCCUGCCACAGGAGGCACUAGCCAAAAUAUUCAGGUACCUGCAGGAUUGGGACAGGUGUCAAGCGUCCCUGGCAUGUAAGGCCUGGCACAGAGUCUUUCGAAUGGCCUGCCUCUGGCGAAGCCGCAGUUUUGUGUUUCCAGGAAGCGAGAUGCAGCAGGUGUGUUACGACGGCUUCCUUCGCGAGCACGGACAGCACCUGCAGCAUGUCAUUCUGGACUUUGAAUUUCAGAACAAUGCCGCUCUACAGUGCUUCAAAUCGUUCGUAACAACAGCCAAUGAGUCUGCGGCAUUUCUAUCUAUUAAGGUUCGGCACCUUUGUUUCGAAGACCUGCCUAAAAGAUGGUCCACUUAUCGAGCAAAGAGCUUCCAAGCGUUCGUGGCCAGAGCCAAUAAGUGCGCUGCAUUUCAAUCAAUCAAGGUUCGGCACCUUUGCUUCUCCUACCUGCCUAACAGAUGGUCCACUUAUCGACCAAAGAUGGUGCGAGCCCUGUGUUUGCUGCUGAAACGGCAACCGAUGCUGCAAGAGGCCGACUUUUGCUUGUGCCAGUUCACACACAACGAGGGUCUGCAGGUGCUGAAGGCUCUCACUGGUGACCUGCGUUUGAAGCCCAGGCGGAAUAUCACCACUCUGAGCCUCAGAGAGUUCUUUGAGGCUCCUACACAUUACAUCAGCUUGAGCACCUUCACAGAGGUCAUGGGUCGCUUUACCGCGCUCGCUUUCCUGCGUGUGGACCAGCACUACCUGUGUGAGGAUGUGCUGGACAAGCUAAUCACCGGCUGCGCACAAACGCUGCGCCACCUGGACAUCGUGAUGAACGCGAGGGUGGUGCACGCCAUCGACUCGCACACCUGGCGGCUCGCUGUCCAGCGGUGUCCGUCACUGACUGUCACAGUGAGGUUAGAGAUACCAUACACCUUUGAGGAGUACUCUCGUGUGCUCGUGGAGUCAAUGCCUUUGACCAGAGUGUUUCUAUGGGGCAGGAGAUGGCGUGGUAACAUAGCAUUUGCUGACGUGGCGCGUUUCCUCGGAUAUGUCUCUGACAUUUUCUUCAACACCAUCGAGGUAGUGGGAGUAAGUGAUAAUAGGUGCCUGACGUUGGACGAUGAGGCUGAGGGAUACCUGGAGGUGGACAAGGCAGUUUUCAACCUCAUCGAGACCUGUGUCCGGCUAAAGCAACUGUUCUUGUGUAUCCCCCUGAAGCCAGAGACACUGGACAAACUGUCACGUGUUCUAGCCGCCCGCCCACAGAAUGAAAUGAAACGCCUGGAGGUGACGGUUGUUGAUAAAGAGAGGAAUACAAAAUAUAUCGAGGAAAAAUGGCCGACGUUGCGUGCAUUAAGCUUUGAUGACUUCUUAUCGACGAUUUUUAAAUUUUUUUAAGAACUUUUUCUGUCUUUUUUUUUUAGUCUGUUUUUAAAAGCAGAGCUUAAAUGGUGGAUGAAGUCGACUACUUUAUACUGGAGAUGACAGCAAGUUUAUUUUUCACACUUGAACCGUUCUUCGACCUGCUGCUGCUAAUGAUGAUGAGAGAGACAUCACACACUCAGUGGAGUACGAUUACUAUUUGCAUGGAUCCACCCAUACACCCAGAUUCAUACAAAUACGCGGUUACAAUGAUUGCAAGAAGCUACAGCCGCAAGCUGCCUUGGUGUUCACUUGGAUGCAAAUGGAUCAACGCACGGUAGUCGCCAUAGCAACCAGCUAUUGACUUUCAACUCUGUGCAAGAAAUAAGUAUAACCCCCAUAAGUAUAAACUGUCACCAGACGCACACAACACCGAAUGGUAUGCAGAAUAUUUGUAAUCGACAUUAGAAGCGACUAAGUUGUGCAACAAAGAAGACAUUAAUGAAUUUCAUAACGAGAAGUGAUCGCAGUUCAAAAAACACAAACAUCACAUCUUUUUGUUGUUGUGCCUUCUGUUUGUGGAAGUCACAGUUCGCUGCCUUCUUGACGAUGCAGCAAUGGCGUCCAUUGAUAAAGUCUGUCAAAGACCGGCAGAGCCUGAAUAUCUGUCAUUGCACGUGAACUGUUUGUCGGUGAGCUUGUGGCAGCCACGCGACCAAUACAAGUAUCACACACCUUUGUUCAAGACUGAUUCACACAAAAAUCGAAAAGUAUAUACACAUCGACAAAUGCGAACGUGGGACAGCGACCUUACAAACAUCCUCGGAAUUUUAACGAAUUCAGUUAAUCCUUUUUAUGUCUUGAGACACGCUGACCGACAAACACUUUCUCUGUUCCCAGUCUUUGGUAUGAAAGAUCCAGUAUUGGAUCUCAUCGUUGGCUUGGUAUUCAGAUUAUGCCAGUCGUGUCCAGAUGAAGCUCUCAGUGGAUCUUGUCAUUCAGGACGACAUUCAGAUGAUUCCAAAUCGUUCCAGAUGUUUCCGGAUAAUCAGAGUUCGGCAGCCUUCUAGAACUUUGGUCACAUUAUUAGUGUCCACUGCGCAUGUGUAGAAAGACUCACACGAAUGGUGCUGAUGCCAG